AUGAAAAUUAACAAAUCAACUCUACUCGUCGCCGCCACCGCUGCUGUUGCUAAAGCAGAUUUGACCGGUCAACAAGAAGUUCAAGAACUUCAAAUUUUGUUGAGUGAUGUGGAAGCCAACUUGGGUGAUUACAUGUCUCUAGCCUUCAACGAUCCUAGCUUUUCUAUUCCUUCGGGUAUUCUAACUGUUUAUGAACAGUUGACCACCUAUACUGAUGACUCUUACACUACUCUCUUCAGCGAUAUCGAUAUGGCUGGUUUGCAAGCUGAGGUUACUGCUUUACCAUGGUACUCCUCGAGAUUGGAGACCGCAUUGGCUGUUCUAUACACUACGGAUUCAAGUUCUGCAGCUACUUCAACUGCUUCAUCAUCAGCGCCAAUUACCUCUGUGUCCAGUACUGAGACCUCUAGCAGUGCUGCUUCCUCUUCUACUGUUGAGUCCUCCAGUGAGUCUUCCAGUGAGGUCGCAUCCUCAUCGGAAUAUUCUGCUUCCUCUGCUACUUCCUCCACUGAAUCCUCUGCAGUUUCCUCCAGCAGUUCUGAAACUUCUUCUGAAGUCUCUUCAAGUAGCGUGAAGUCAUCUUCAGCUGCUCCUUCCAGUAGUGCUGCUUCUUCUACUGCUACCACUUCAGUCAAGUCAAGUGCUGCCUCCUCUAUUUCAUCUUCUUCAUCUGCUGCCUCAUCAGCUUCUACCCCAGUUGUUUCCACAGGUUUGGCCAACAUGAAUGCUGCCUCCGCUGGUAUGGGGGCUGCCUUUGCUGGUUUGUGUGCUUUACUAUUGUAG